AUGGCCAGAAAGAAUUCUUCUUUGAAUGGUUCUGAAUCAGCGGAGCUUGUUGUAAAAAAGAGAGUUCUCGAGGAAUCUGAAUUGUCCGAUUCUGAAGAUGAAAGAAUUGAAGUUGAUGGUUUAAUCGAUGAAGAGGCUAGCGAAAAUGAAGCUGAGGAAGCUGAAGAUGACGACUCUGAUGCUGAAUUCAAUCGCUUAUUAGCUGAAGAAGAAAAUGGACAGGAGGAGGAGUAUAAUACUUCAGAUUUUUCUGAAGAAGGCGAUGCUUUUUCCAUUACCGACAAAUUGUCAAAUGUAAAGUUAACAGUGAUUCCAGAAACAAGCGAUGAAGGCAUUGUUCGUACCAAGUAUUCAGAUGGAAGACCAAGAAUUCUUAAGUCAGAAAUUAAUCCUGUUUAUGAUAGUGAUGAUAGUGAUGCAGAAGCUAAGAACACAAUUGGUAACAUCCCACUAUCUGCAUAUGAUGAAAUGCCACAUAUUGGUUAUGACAUUAAUGGUAAGAGAAUAAUGAGACCAGCCAAAGGAUCUGCUUUAGAUCAAUUAUUGGAAUCUAUAGAAUUGCCAGAGGGUUGGACAGGUUUACUAGACAAAGACAGCGGUGCCUCUUUGAAUUUGACCGAAGAAGAACUUGAAUUAAUCAAUAAGUUGCAAAAUAAUCAACAGACGGACGAAUCUGUGAAUCCAUACGAACCUUUAAUCGACUGGUUCACUAGACACGAAUCUGUAAUGCCAGUUACGGCCGUCCCAGAACCGAAAAGACGUUUCGUUCCGUCAAAGCACGAAGCCAAGCGUGUGAUGAAAAUAGUCAAAGCAAUCAGAGAAGGUAGAAUUAUCCCACCAAAGAAACUAAAGGAAUUAAGAGAAAAAGAAGAACAAGACAGUCAUAACUACGAUCUCUGGGGAGAUGCCGAAGAAAUCUCUGAACAUGUUAUGAACUUGAGAGCCCCAAAAUUGCCACCACCAACAAAUGAGGAGUCUUACAACCCUCCGGAAGAGUAUCUUUUGACCCCAGAGGAAAUUGAUGCAUGGGAAAAGAUGGAACCAAGUGAAAGAGAGAGAAAUUUUGUGCCUCACAAAUUCGCUGCAUUAAGAAAAGUUCCAGGUUACUCUGAAUCUGUCAGAGAAAGGUUUGAAAGAUCAUUAGAUUUGUAUUUAGCGCCUCGUGUUCGCAAAAAUAAGUUGAACAUUGAUCCUGAAUCUUUGAUCCCAGAAUUGCCCUCUACAAAAGAUUUGAGACCAUUUCCAAUCCGUUGCUCUACCGUUUAUGUCGGUCAUAAAGGAAAAAUUCGUACAAUGUCCAUUGAUCCAACUGGAUUAUGGUUGGCUACUGGUUCCGAUGAUGGCACUGUCAGAGUAUGGGAAAUUCUUACAGGUAGAGAAGUUUACCAAGUCACAAUACUUAAUGCGGAAGAAAACAAUGAUGACCACAUAGACGUUGUUGAAUGGAAUCCCGACAGUACUACCGGUAUCCUUGCGGUUACUGCUGGCGAAAACAUCUUCUUGCUUGUUCCACCAAUUUUCGGCUUUGAAAUUGAAAACACAGGUAAAUCAAAGAUUGAAUACGGUUUUGGUUUCGAUACUUUCGGAAACGUCAAAAAGAGUAAUCUCAAUGUGAAUAGCGAUGAUGAGGAUGACGGUGCUGAAUCACAUGCUGUCAAGAAACAGGUUGCUCAAUGGAAUAAACCAACCGAAAGGCAAGCUGCCAAUGAUAUUUGUAUCGUAAUAACUUGUCGUAAAUCAGUGAAAAAGCUUUCAUGGCAUAGAAAAGGUGAUUACUUUGUCACUGUUCAACCAGACUCAGGUAAUACAUCAGUUUUGAUUCAUCAAUUAUCCAAGCAUUUAACUCAAUCGCCAUUCAAAAAAUCUAAGGGUAUCAUUAUGGAUGCAAAAUUCCAUCCAUUCAAGCCACAGCUCUUGGUCUGUUCUCAAAGAUACGUCAGAAUUUAUGACCUAUCGCAACAAGUGCUAAUCAAGAAACUUCUACCUGGUGCUCGUUGGUUAUCUACUAUUGAUAUUCACCCAAGAGGUGAUAACUUAAUUGCAUCCUCGUUUGACAAGAGAGUGUUGUGGCAUGAUCUUGACCUUGCAAGCACUCCAUAUAAGACCUUGAGAUACCAUGAGAAGGCUGUAAGAAGCGUAAGUUUCCACAAGAAACUACCACUGUUUUGCUCAGCUGCGGAUGAUGGUAACAUCCAUGUUUUCCAUGCCACGGUCUAUGACGAUUUAAUGAAGAACCCUAUGAUCGUCCCGUUGAAGAAACUAACCGGCCACAAGAUUGUGAAUAGUUUAGGUGUUCUAGAUACUAUAUGGCAUCCACGUGAAGCUUGGCUAUUCUCUGCAGGUGCCGACAAAACCGCUCGUUUGUGGACUACCUGA